AUGACGGUUUCCGACGGUGAAUUAUCGUACCGAACACGAUUUGUCGAUCAAAGUACGCGGGAUCUUGAAAAUGAAAUUAUGGCGAGGACUUGGUUCGACAGUGGGCUGGAUGUUCGACGAUGGCGAGCGGCCUUGACCGAAAUUUUCAAGGCAAAACAUUUCGCCAGAGACGCCCGGCGGGGAUUACCAGAACAGUUUAAGCCGAACGGAGAGGACGCAAAACUACGUGGUCUGUUAGAAACAGACGGGCAGGGCCAGUUUCGCGAGGCAUGGGAGGGCCUAGACAAGAAGUCGAAAGCUGGGCAUUGGAAGCGUAUGUCGCUGUGGUUGCUGCAAGAUUCUCCGGAGCUGGCCCUGGAAUUCUUUCUGGUGACCUCCCAGAGCGCGCACAGGCCGGUGUUCCUCAUGAUGGCGGAUUGCCUAUCCUUCUUGCGUGCGUUCUAUGAUGAUCGAUUGAAGCAGUGGGAGCGAGGCACGCAUACGUACGAUUCGGCGCUGCAAACCUGUCUGGACCCCAGCAAUUGGCCCAUCAUUGUGGUGUCUCAAAAGGGCGUCCGUCAGUACUUGAUGGUCGCCGACCGUGACCGUCUGCAUGCGGCUUAUGACCACGUUAUCGACAAGAACGUGUACGUCACAGCGGAGACCUAUCUGUGCUUCAUGCGCCGCUUCACGGAUUUCGAAGACGUCGAUAAGGCACUUGACGUGCUCGAGCGGAUUCGUAGAUUGAGCCAGCAUGAGUUUCUGAUCGAUUCCGCGGCCGUCAUGCAUCACUGUUGUAAACUUCUGACGCUCGACUCCGUGAUCGACGAUUCAAACGGACGCAACUUUCGCAUCCUUCCCAGUCUUCUCCAGAUGGGCGUACGGCCGGACCGGGACAUGAUGAACGUGGUAUUGCGGAACGCGUUCCGGACGGGGGACCCGCAGUUGGGGCUCGACAUGUUGAAUUUCAUGCGGAACCAGAACAUGAAGCCGGACUCUUAUACCUACUUGACCCUGCUCACGGAUGCCGUGUCUCGGGGAGACCGGCACCUGGUGGACUCGUUGAUCGAGGAGAUCGAGCCCCAGGAGGAGAUGUCGAAGAAUCCCUGGAUUGCGAACAAGACUUUCCACGCUCACUUUGUCUUCACGGCCAAAAACAUCGAGGAGGAUGCUGACCCCAGUGCGACCUUCUACUCGCUGUUGAACCUGUACACCAAGUUCCACGACAUCACGCCCUUGAAGGAACUCACCAUCCUUCCGCCGGAAUAUACCCCCCCACCAGGGGGCGCAAACGAGCCCCCAUCGGUGAUCGCGUUGUACCUCAUAAUCGCAAGCUACCUCCGGUGCCACAAACGCAUGCCCCACGUUCUCCGCAUCUACAAAUACUUCCACUCUAUGGUUCUCAGGGGCCACGAGAUCAUCGCGCCCCUGGCCGCCACCGACCACACAUAUAACGAGUUCCUCGUCGCCUUCCGGAAAGACCCGCAGGGUAUUCGGCCAUCCGUGCGGCUCGUCGAAGACAUGCUGCAGCCCACCACUCACAGCGACGGAGUCUUACCAAUGACCCGCGCCAAACCAACCGUACGGACCUGGACGCUCCUCCUGAGCUCCUUCACCUACAACCGGCAACCAAUGGCCGCAGAGAGAGUGAAAGACAUGAUGGCCAAAUACGGGGUCGAGUUCAACAUGGUCACCUGGAACACCAUCAUCAGCGGGUACGCGAACGCGCAGAACGUCCCCGAGGUCGCCAAGGCCAUCAAGGCCAUGGAAGCCCAGGGCCUGUCCAUCGACGCGUACACCAUGAAAAGCCUGCGCUACCUGCAUGACCCGGAGCAACUCUGGGAGGUGGUAAAGGAGCUGGACGAGCUUUCCGCCGGACCUGCGACGGACUUGUCCUCAGUGGCUGCUCCGCUGCAUGAUCACGAGGAGUAUCUCAGCGGAGCGGACGAUUUACUGGACCAAGGACUGCGACGUUUGCAGGAGAGCCAGGCGACCAAGUUAUGA